AAUCCAUUUCAACAGAUGGUGUUCUCAUCGUGUAAAUGACUACGACACGUGAAAUCUAGCAGCAUGAACAAUCAAUGAUUAAAACGACUUUUUGACAACAGAAAUUAAAAACCGAGUUCAAAGUGAUUAUAUUAUAGUAUUUAUCGGUAUAAUUAAUUUUUUAAUAAUAUCGAGGUGACAACACGAUCAAGGGAAAACCAAAGUUUCAUGAUGUAUCGAGAAAAUUUUCUUUAAAUUUUCUUUCGUUAUUGAUUAUUAUGAAGCUCCUGAAUUGUGGAGUGAAUAAAAAUGUGCUCUUCUAAUCAGUCGUUAAUUGAAAGGUUAUAUAAAAACGAACGACGUCAGAUGGCCUUAAAUUUAACUUGACGAUUAUUGUUAUAAUUAUUCUUGUCAUCAGAUGUUUAUAUUUAUAAAUUAUAAAAUAAUUAUACGCAAUUUUCGUAGUGAGACGGAAGAUUAAUGUAUAUCGUUUAUAUAAUUGACGUAAUUCUUGUAGAAAGAUUAGAGUAAAUUUUUAAAAGAAUCAAACAAGAUGGGAUCGGAACAGAGCUCUCAGGGUGGUACUCACAAUACCAAUGCUAAUAGGACAAGAAAUAUACCAUUGAGACGCGGUAAAAGUGUACCGAAUCGUGAAAGAGUACCGGAAGACACACCACCUAGAUGUACCAGUCCUGGUGCAAGCAUUUGUUCAGAUUCUGAUUUACCAUAUAUAUCUUAUACUGUGAAUAGACCUAUUGGAGAUUCACCAAAGAUGACAAAUAAGCAAUCACAGUUAUAUAGAGGCAAGAGUUUGGGUGCACAAGAUAUAUCUAGACGUAAAAAUAAUUUAAAUACCAGUAGCUACAGAAAAACUACCUCUGAUAAAAUACACAAUAUAGUAGUAGUGAAAUCAGCUGUGGCAGAUCCUACAGCUGACAAAGAUCCUGAUUUGGUUAAAUUACAAAGUAUUCCCAUGUUCCUACCUAUCAUGCGUGGCACUCUCAAUUUGCCUCCAGGUGUAAGAGAUCCAGAGGUCCUAGAAAGACUUAAUCCUAUUGGCCUGUUUAAUCUGUGUGCACGUUAUCAACAUCAUCUGAACACUAAUGCUCAAAUGAUUGCCACUGAACAAGCUAGUCUAUGCAUUAAUAUCGAACCAGAAGUGACCAAAAUUCUUAAUUUGGCAACAGAAAGGCAAAAAAAAUUUGCCAAGUUUGCUGAACAACUGAACAAAAUACAUGAGCUUAGUAAACAAUUAACUAAAUGCCAUUCUCUUCUAAAUCAAACUCUAGAAAGCCUUGAAACUUUGAACAAUCUUUUACCAAUUGAAGAUAGAUUAGAACCAUUUGUAUGGACUACUGGAUAAAAUUCAUAUU